AUGACAAUUUAUUUAGGCAUUCCUGAUGAAUAUGAUGAAUAAGUCAGCAAUUAAGUAUCAGAAUAAAUAUAAUCGGAAGGUGAUGUAUUCAACAUGAAGAUUGUCAUUAAUGACUCAAAUGAUACCCAUUAUGACAACUAAUACAGUUUCGCAAGCCCAGACUCAAAAUCUCAGUCGGGAAGCAACUCUCAAAAACAAGAAGGUGCUCGUGAAAUUUCAGCAGAUUACCAAACAAAUAUUGAGAUGAGAUACAACUUGAACACAGAAGAAGUUAUUCCCGAGGAAGAUGGAGAGACAUAAUAAAGUAGGUAGGGUACACCACUUAACGAUCUACGAAAUAUGCACAUUCAACGAAAAUAUUCGCAAUCAUCUAAAAUGUUCUUUAAUUUAAAAAAGAAGAGUUUAGAUGAAGCUUACGAGUCAAAAAAAGGUUAAUUUAUAAAUCAAAACUUCUUAAUUGGAUUGAAGAAAACUCCACCUUUAUCUGAACUUAGAAUGUCCUUUGAAUCUAAAUAAAAUAUAGCUUCUCACAAUAGAACAAACAGUAACAGGAAUUCAAUGUGCAAUAAUAAAUCUCCUCCAUCAAAAUAACCAUCAGUUGAGCGCAAAUAAUCUAGAUAGACAUCACCUUAGAAAUUACUCUCACUAAUUUAACCUGAACUCGAGAAAAAAGUAGCUUCUUAUUCUAAUCAAGCCAAUUAAAAACAGAGUGUUCAGAUAAGAAAGUAACUUGACGAUUAAAUAAAGCUGAAGCAGUAACUGAUGCAAAAGUUGAUUAAAUUGGAAAAAGAUAAAUUAGAGUAGAAAAAGAAAAAAGAUAGCUAAUCAAAAUAUACCCAUAAUAAAAAUGAUGAAUAAUAUGGUAAUGGAAAUAAUAAAAGCGUAAAUAUGUAUGAAAAGGGAGUUAGGACAACAAAUGAAAUCUUUAAUUAUGUAUAGAGGAAAAAUAAAACAAAACUGCUAUACCCUUAUAGACAAAAAAGAUCUAGUCUUUAUCAUAAUGUAAGCUCUGCAGAUAAUUCCAAUUAUGAAGCUAAAUUUGAUAUUCUUUCCCCACAUAUGUAAUCAAAAGAGUCAUUAUUAUCAAGAGAUACUAGCCCUAUUGGUUCUCAUAAGAAAUAACCAUCCAGAGAUAGUUAGCAUUAGUAAAGUACUUCAAGAUAAAUGAAUAAUAGCAAAGGAGUAUUGGAGAACAGAGCUAGUUGGAAUUUUAACAAUGAGUUGCAUUAAAAUUCUGUCUAGGAUUCUCAGGGACAAGAAUCAACUUUUCUUAAGGUGGAACUAUAUUAGCACUAAUACCAAAAUUAUCCGUUUAUUAACUGCUCUCCAAGUAAGGAGAAGCUACUUACCAACUUAAAACAUACUAUCAACAGUUACAACAACACAACAUCAUUGAGAGAAUUUUCAGCGAAGAGAAACCUAUCUGCUAAUAGGAAAAAAUCAAUAAACUUAAGUAUUAAUUAGCAAAACAAGUCUUAAUUAGAACAAUCAUUAAGAAGACAAACUCUUCAACCAGAAUCGACAAAGAGUAUUCUUAGAAGGAGUAUGAUGUGA